CUGACGCUGCGCAAGCGUUGGGUCGGCCCUGUGUGCCCGUCCCCGUUUCCUUGGCAGGAGGGCGAGGGCGCGGAGGGCGAGCUGGAGCGCCGCCUGGAGGCGCUGUCGGCCAGCCACGCGCGCCUGCAGGAGGACUGCGAGCGCCAACGCCGCGAGCUGCAGGGGCUGGAGCGGCGCCUGGGCAGCGAGGCGGCGGAGAAGCAAGCCCUGCAGCGGCGCCUGGGGGCCACGCAGCGGCGCGUGCGCGCCAUUCUUCAAGAACUGGAAUUGCAUUUGCAGACAUCCGGCCGUGUGGUUAUAAAACAACAACGUGAAAUAAAUGACUUGCAAACACUAUGUCACACUUUGCAGAGGGACCUGGAUAAAAGCUUGGCAGCUCAAAAGACUUUGCUCCAGCAACAGCAAGAAAUUGAAGCUGAAUCUAUGGAGCUUCAAGAGUUUCUCCAAGCAGAGAAAUCCACUUUAGCUGAUGCCCUCAAAGAUGCUGAAGCUGAGUCAUUAAUUGAUAAU